GCUGCAGGAGGAGAAAGACAAAGCACUCCACGUCAGAGGUGGGCGCCCCCGCCAGCCGCUGGGCUGGGGUCUCCCCUGCCCAUUGUUCGUCCACGUGGCCGUCCCCCACUGGCCAGGAGGCCCGCCCUAUCAUCUUGGUAUUGUCGGGCGGCCCGCCCUGUCAUUUUCUCUGUGCUGGUAUUGUUGUCCGUGCUGUUGGUUGGGAUGUGGGACUGUUACCACUUACGGCUGCUCCCGAGCGAUCACUUAUCUAAUUAUCUAAGGACGGAGGGAGUAUACUGCAAACAACAACAGAACAGCAGUAUCGGAUCUUAUUUAGUAUUCAGGGACAAACAACAGGACAUUUAGGGUAUCAGAUCAGAUCAGCAGCAUUAGCUAACAAGCUAGUAUAUAGGUAAUUGCAGAGCAAAAAUCAAGCAUCCCCAAUCCCAAUCCUCUCUUGUGUGGCUGCCUUUGCUUUGUUCGGAUUGAAGCGGUCGUGUCGCCACCGGCAGAUUAUCCGGCCGCUCUCUCCUGUCUUGUCUCCAGCAGCUGCUUGUAUUCCAUCCCAUCCUUCGGCCGCGGCCAGCCUCCAAUCCCGGCCUCGGGUGCCCUGGGGGUGCUAUAUACAGCUGCCACUGCCACUGACUUGGCCAUCUUUCCUAGCAAUCCACACGUACGUACACCGACCGGCUACGUCCACUCUACUACUCUCUCGCAAACCAUAAUGCCGGUGAGCAGGAUCGCCGUGGGCGCUCCGGGCGAGCUGUCGCACCCCGACACCGCCAAGGCCGCCGUCUCCGAGUUCAUCUCCAUGCUCAUCUUCAUCUUCGCCGGCUCCGGAUCCGGCAUGGCCUUCAGCAAGCUCACCGCCGGCGGCGCCACCACUCCCGCUGGCCUCAUCGCCGCAUCUCUGGCGUACACCCUGGCCCUCAUCGUCGCCGUCUCCGUCGGCGCCAACAUCUCCGGCGGCCACGUCAACCCGGCCGUCACGUUCGGCGCCUUCGUGGGCGGCAACAUCACCCUCUUCAAGGCCGUCGUCUACUGGGUGGCGCAGCUGCUCGGCUCCGUCGUGGCCUGCCUUCUCCUCAAGAUUGCCACCGGCGGGGCGGCCGUGGGCGCCUUAUCGCUGUCCGCCGGCGUGGGCGCCUGUAACGCCGUCGUCUUCGAGAUCGUCAUGACCUUCGGCCUCGUCUACACCGUGUACGCCACCGCCGUGGACCCCAAGAAGGGCGACCUCGGCAUCAUCGCGCCCAUCGCCAUCGGCUUCAUCGUCGGAGCCAACAUCCUCGCCGGCGGCGCAUUCGACGGCGCCGCCAUGAACCCUGCCGUGGCCUUCGGCCCGGCCGUCGUCACCGGCGUCUGGGAGAACCACUGGGUGUACUGGCUUGGCUCCUUCGUGGGCGCCGCCAUCGCAGCGCUCGUCUACGAUAUCAUCUUCAUCGGACAGCGCCCGCAUGACCAGCUGCUCACCACCGACUACUGAUCGCCGGCCGACCACCACCAUGCAUUCCAAUCGUUGAUGAUUCCCUUCCAUUCAACUCCUGUCCAAAUCCAAAUAAUAAGAUCCAUUCUAGUGCCUUUUUUCUCGUUCUUGUUAAUUAUAUAUAUACUAAAUCUAUUUUCUUGGUCAAGAAAGAAAAAAAAAACAUGUGGAGUAUGUACAGAGUCUGCCAGUACUGUUUACAAGUUAUUGCUGGGUCGAAAUCUUUUCUUUUUUCAGACCAAAGCACAUUUAUUUUAUUAAGAGAAGGAGAGUUACUAUUCCAUGAA